GCGUGCUUUGAAAAAAUGUUAAAAACUUCGUGGACAUAAACAACAACAAAGCAUUGGAAUCCAGCAAACGAUCUCAUUUUUGUCGAGAUUGCGCGGUUUUCGGAGAAAAUACCCGUCCAAAUCGAGGCCACCGACGAUGCCCUGUAUCGUCCCGCACUGUGAUCCGGAGGGGCAAAGCUUCACGCUUCGAUUUCCGCGAAAUAAGCAGCUAAUCGAACGCUGGUGCCAGGCGAUUGAGUUGGGCUCGGGUGUUGCACUUCCACCGGCUCUCGAUCCACUAGAAGCGGAAGUUUGCCAGCAACAUUUCCAGGAGGUGGACGAGUACAGCGAACCAAUCAUCUUCCGGAAUGUGAGCAUGGGCCGAGAAGUGCACCUGGCAAGUUGCCGGUUGUGCUUGGGGUUUAACUUCCUGGAGAAAUUCAUCAAGGAUUGCAGUGAGAAGACGAUUGUCGGGACGAUGUCCAUCGGGGAAGUACUGGAAGUCACCGGUUGCGGCGUACAGAUGAAGGAGUCCGACUUUCUGGAAAACGUCUGUGAACAGUGCUUGGUACGGUUGGACUUGAUUGUGGCCAUUCGGAGGCAGCUGGUCGAAAGUGGGCGUUGCUUUAAGAGAAUGGAAUUGUUCAUCAGGGAGGAGAACCGACUGCGGUACAAGCGGGUGCCCAAGGUCGAGAUGACGGAGCAUCAGUUAUUACAGGACAAACUUGUCGAUUCGUCAGAUCUGGAAAUAGAAUUGCUAGUCAAAGUUGAAACAAAGCCAGACAUGCAUGCACUAGACUUGACGGAUAUUCCCGAAGCAGAUGAAAAUCAAGAGAUUGAGGAGGAAUAUAUCGAGCAGGACGAUUUCCGGGAGGAUUCUCCCCAUGAAGAUAUUGCCGAGGAUGACGAAAACGAAGCAAAAUCAGACAACGAAGCGCCUCAAGCACAAAAGCGGAAAAGAGGACGACCCCGUGGCUCGGGACAACCCCUCGCCCGAAGAAGGGGAAAAUUGAAGGGAUUAACCGAACGUAAGUGUUACAUGUGUGUUCAGCUGUUUGAGACGCCCGAAGAGCUUUUUGCCCAUAUGGUCGACCACGUGGAUCACAAUUUGUCCUGCGAAGCGUGCGAUGAGUCGUUCCCAAAUCUGACCAAGUACAAUCGACAUCUAUCGAAGCACGAUCCGGUGGAACGGCCGGUGAAGUGUGAUCAUUGCGAACUCAGGUUUACCGAUGGACUGGGAAAACGACGACACGAAAAGCUAAAACAUAACGUAGAUCAUCAGGUCAGCACGUUCACCUACGCUGAUAGACCGAAGGGUAAGUUCACCUGCCAGCACUGUGGCAAGCAAUGCAUGUCCAUGUCGUUCCUGAGGGAACAUGAGGAUGCCCACGCCGGUAUCAAGCGACACGAGUGUAAAUCAUGUGGUCGACUUUUUGCCAACAAGAACAAUCUCGAGCGACAUCAUCUGAUACACACUUCGGAAAAGCCGUACAAGUGCGAAGUUUGUGGGAAGGCUUUCCGUCAGUCGCCUAUGUAUAAGGAUCACCUUCGGUUACAUUCCGGGGAAACGCCGUAUGGGUGCAAUGGAUGUGAACUUCGAUUCACAUCCGCCACCCUACUAAGGAAACACAAAAUACGUUAUCACGGUGCUUCCUCGGCGCAAGCUCAAGUUGGCCUGGCUGCUCCUCGCGCCCAGAAUUACUGUCGCUUCUGCACCGCCUCAUUCAAGCGACAUUCGCUCCUGGUGGAACAUAUCCUGCGAGCCCACCCCAACGAACAGGUUGACUUCUUCCAGUGUCAAACAUGCGAGCAACGAUUCGUGGACAAACUAGUUUUCGAUAUGCACGAGCGAAAUCACGAGAAGAACUUCCAGUGCGCGUUCUGCGACAGAGCCUUCAGCUCACUGGAAGCCCUGAAAGCACACGAACCGAUGCACGACGGAGUUCGCGGCUACACCUGCAAAACGUGCUCGAAAACGUUCAGCCACGUGGCCAACCUGAAGCGACACGAAUUGCUCCAUCAGGGCAUCAAAAAGCACGAAUGCGACUUCUGUGGCAAACGGUUUGCCCAGUCCAAUCAGUUGCACACCCAUCGGAGAACGCACACCGGAGAGAAACCGUACGAGUGCCAAAUGUGCGGCAAGCGGUUCGCUGACAAUAGCACAUUGUGCAAACAUCGGAAGAGCGUUUGUAAGACGAGUGCAGCUGUGGCAGAAACGGGUACGUAGUCAUUUUGUUUUAUGGCUUGACGAUGUGAAAAGACGAUUUCAUUGAUAACAAGUUGGUGCACUGAUCCGAAA